ACCAUCUGCAGCUGUCUCAGGACUCAGGUAAUGACCAUCUGCAGCUGUCUCGGUACUCGGGUAAUGACCAUCUGCAACUGUCUCAGGUCUCAGGGAAUGACCAUCUGCAGCUGUCUCAGUACUCGGGUAAUGAGCAUCUGCAACUGUCUCAGGACUCAGGUAAUGACCAUCUGCAACUGUCUCAGGACUCAGGUAAUGAGCAUCUGCAACUGUCUCAGGACUCAGGUAAUGAGCAUCUGCAACUGUCUCAGGACUCAGGUAAUGAGCAUCUGCAACUGUCUUAGGACUCAGGUAAUGAGCAUCUGCAACUGUCUCAGGACUCAGGUAAUGACCAUCUGCAACUGUCUCAGGACUCAGGUAAUGACCAUCUGCAACUGUCUCAGGUAAUGACCAUCUGCAACUGUCUCAGGUAAUGACCAUCUGCAACUGUCUCAGGUAAUUACCAUCUGCAAAUGUCUGUAUGUUUGUUAGUGCCUUUGUAGUAUCGGACAAUACACAAAAGUGCUACCGCAUUACCCUGGUUAUGGUUAUCAUUAUUUGGAGAUAUAUAUCGUAAAACCUGCAAUUGAAAUAACACGAUAUCAGAAUAUAUUAUUCGUAGUAAAAUAGUAGUUUAAGAUACUAUUUUUUUCCGAUCAUUGGUUUAAAAUUCUUCUCUGUUAUAUUAUUUUGUAUGUUUUAAUGUAAUCACUGGUAGGUUGGGAGGAAACGUGUGUACAGCUGAUUGCUAUUUCCGGCCUACUUUGAGACAAUACACAUUGUUAUCUUGAUCCCUGCAUAUAAAGCAAUGCCUGGCAUACCAAGAAAUACAAUUGAAAUGGUAAAUCAUCAUGUCUUGUGAUGUUUAAUCACAAAUUUCACAUUUUCAUUGACAAAGUUUGCUAUAGCGUUCUUUAUUAAUUCACCUGAAGCGAUAUGAUGUAGUUUUUUUGCCUACAGAAAAAGAGUUUGAUAAAAGUGUAACCCAUAGCCGACCCCUUUCUGCAGAAUCUAUUUUCUGGUCCUCAAAAUUUGGCUUAUCUACAAUAUCACUUCUUAACACUCGUUACCGCUAAACAAAGAUCUGAGGACAUCCCAUUGUGUGUCAUGUCAGAACGACUGUCAGAGACCAAUCAGAUCAGGAAAGAGCCAGUCGGAAUGUGUCUUCUGAUCAUGCAACCCCGAAAAGGUUAACACGGGGUAUUUUGAACAACAGUUACUGGCUGUACAACUGAAUCUGUCAAAAUCAUUGUCUGAAUUCAUUGAAAAUCAUUGAUGAAAGCUUCUGUUUCAGUAAGCAACUUCUAUAUUACUACUACUUUAUUACUCAUGACAGAUAUUGUUUGACUACAUUGAAAGGCAAAAGAAAUGUCAUGUGGAUGUAUCAUGUAAAUACCUUUUUUUUCAAAUGCUUAUAUAUGUAAGUAAAGACAUCUGAGAAAGUCAGCGUUUGACCCACAUUAAAUUAACAGUCUGGGGAAUGUUUUUGCGAAUUGUGAAUUUGGGGAGGCACCAGAAGACAUCACAGCUGGGGGGUUCAAAAUCAGUACCUGGUGUGGCCACCACGGGUGUUGACUACAGCCACACAUCUCCUGUACAUGGAGUGGACUAGCCUGUUGAUCAAGGCCAUUGGGAUAUGAGCCCAUAUCCUCAGGAACGCUACACACAGUUCUGCUGCAAUUGUUGGCCUUGGGUGUACGUUGUUGAGUCGCCGUUGGAUCUCAUCCCACAAGUCUUCAAUGGGAUUCAAAUUCGGACUGAGGGCAGGCCAAGGCAUGAUUUGGAUGUUGUGCUGCUGGAGGAAGUCCCUGGUAACUCUGGCAGUGUGGGAACGGGUGUUGUCUUGCUGAAAGGUGUGGUUUUGAUGACGGGCAAAAAAAUGCACGAUAUGGGGUCUGAGGACUUGGUCAAUGUAGCGGCAAGCUGUGAUGCCAUUACCCCUGCCUGGACCAACAUUCUGAAAGACCACAGGUCCCACUCUCUGGUUUAGUCCGAUUCCACCCCAAACCAUGAUGCUUGGGCCGCCCCACGGGUCUCGUUCCAUAACACAAGCAUCAGCAUAACGUUCGCCCCUCCUUCGCCAGAUCCUGACUCUGCCAUCCACCGUUGAAACACAGUAGCGACUUUCAUCAGUGAAGAUGAUUCUUCUCCAUUGCUGUUGACGUCAAUUUUGAUGCUGCCUGGCCCAUUGGAGUCGGGCCUGUCGUUGACGAUCUCUCAGGAUGGGCAGGACAGUGGCACGAGAUGUUGUUGGCAGUUAGGCGAUGUCGAAAUGUACGAUCACUGAUGGCAUGCUGGUGGUUGCCAAUGGUUUGCCGAGCUGUUUCAGUGGCCAUUCGGAAUCGGUUCUGCAGAUGUUGGCGUAUCAUGAACCGAUCUUGUCUGGGAGUAGUGACUCUAGGAAGACCACUACGCGGUCGGUCGUCAGUGGUGUUGGUGGUGUUGUGGUGAUGUUGCAAAUGAUAUAUCGUUCUGACGUUGACAUUGAAUGCAUUUGCAACGACCUGUGCACUCUGGCCUGCUUGCAGUCUUCUGAUCGCUUGUUGUCUCUCAUUUCCUGAUGAUCUUGGCAUGGCUGAUGAAUCGAAAUAACGAAAGCCAGCUUAACAGUUUUGAGUGUAUUUUAUACCCGUACCAUCCACGAUAUGCACGUGCAUCAGACUUUUCCGCAACUGAGUCCCAUUGCACUUUUGUAGGCUGCGUUUGGGCAAAGCACUCAUUUUAAACUCAAUUGUUAAAUGGACUUUAAGGCAACAGAGAGAAGCAGUCGAACGAUAAAUGAGUUUAUUGACCACAGAACAUGUAACUGCCAGUGUCUGUUAAGUUUUAUCAGUAUUUUCAGAAGUGACGUUUCUUUUGCCUUUCAGUGUAUAUUACUGACACUUAUUAAAUCUCUUUUCUGGC